AUGGCCAAGUCGACAUUACCAAGUAAUCAAACAUCCCACCUCCCAUCACAUAUUCUUUACCAAAAUUCCAGCAGAACUAUCACUUUAAUUGACAUCCCACGAUCAAUCGAAGAUGCUCAAUCACUAUCCUCCGAACAACACACUACGCGUCCGAAGACUGCGAAGAGGUUAAUAUCCUGUAAACCAAUAGAUACGCCCUAUCCAUCACUUGAACCCAAAUCUGCCAAAGCUCUUAGAAAUGCUCCAGAGAAAAGGAUCGAGGAAUUGAUGUUGGAGCGUUAUGUUCAGCUUGCGCUUGAUGAGAUGAUGGGGGAUGAGAGAUGGGAGGGGAAAGUUUGUUUAAAGAGAAUUUGGGGAGAAGAUGAGGAACCGAAAAAAAAGAGAAAAUCGGCUCCAGAAGAAGCAGAGAUGUCUCAACAAAGCGUUAUCAAGGUUGAAAACGUUGCCAAGCUUCCAAAACGCGUUGAGAUAGAUGGGAUUUCAGGGACAAUGCCACCCAAAUCUACAAUGAUAUAUGGCAAUAUACCUGAAACUGUCCUCUCUUUCAAUACAGAAAUACAUGAAGACUUUCCAAAAUUCCAUGUGAUAAUUGCCGAUCCACCUUGGCCUAAUCGAUCUGCUUUACGGAAAGAUGCAUAUGUUACUGCUUCGGGAUUCGGAGGAAUAGAGAGUUUGCUGAGAUCCCUACCAUGUCAUCAGGUAGAACGCAAUGGCUACGUUGGAAUAUGGAUAACUAAUAAACCCACUUACCGUUCCAUGUUAUUAGACGAAGGAGGGUUGUUCGAUCACUGGGGUCUUGAAUUAGUAGAAGAAUGGAUUUGGCUCAAAGUCACAUCGAGUGGUGAACCGAUGUGUGAGAUUUCAGGGACUUGGAGGAAACCAUGGGAGAUUUUACUUGUGGGACGGAAGAAGAGCGAGAGGGAGAGUGUUGAGGGAGGAGACUCAGGAUUCAAGAAGUCUGUUAGGAAUGAGGAAUUGAAUAUUGAGAAAGGAGAUGACCUCGAGGGAUCAAAUCAACACUCACCCUCACCCUCACAAACUUCAUCCCAAUUUGAAAACUCAAAUCUUACCAUAAAACGAAGGAUUAUAAUUGGAGUUCCAGAUUUACACUCACGAAAACCUAAUCUGAGGUUUCUUUUCCGACAGUUAUUGGGGUUGCAGGGUUACGAUGAAGACUUUAGGGGCUUGGAAAUCUUCGCGAGGAACCUUACAGCUGGAUGGUGGGGGUGGGGAAAUGAAGUUUUGAAGUUUCAGGAUGACGGGGCUUGGGUUGUUGAGGAAGGCUGUGAUGAUUUUAAUGAUGGGAAAAUAGCUGAUGAGGUACUGAAAGCGAAGGAUGAACAGGAUAGGGAGGAUGAAAAGAGUGACGGGGAGUGA